GCCGCCACCGUCAGUCACUCCGCGUUCGGUUCUUCGGCACCCGGUUCCCUGGGACCCUUCGCCGCUAGUGAACUUUGCUGCGAGCUCGGAUCUUGCCGGGAAAAUGUCUGAUGAAUUUUCGUUGGCAGAUGCACUACCUGAACAUUCCCCUGCCAAAACCUCUGCUGUGAGCAAUACAAAACCUGGCCAGCCUCCUCAAGGCUGGCCGAGUUCCAGCCCUUGGAAUAACCCAAGCGCUCCACCUUCUGUGCCGUCCAGACUCCAGCCAAGUGCGACACCCUCCACUGUGCCUUUUGGACCAGCACCAACCGGAAUGUAUCCCUCUGUGCCUCCCACCGGACCACCUCCAGGACCCCCAGCACCCUUUCCUCCUUCUGGACCAUCAUGUCCCCCACCUGGCGGUCCUUAUCCAGCCCCAACUGUGCCCGGCCCUGGCCCCACGGGGCCAUAUCCUACACCAAAUAUGCCCUUUCCAGAGCUUCCAAAACCAUAUGGUGCACCCACAGAUCCAGCUGCUGCUGGUCCUUUAGGUCCAUGGGGAUCCAUGUCUUCUGGACCUUGGGCACCUGGAAUGGGAGGGCAAUAUCCUACCCCUAACAUCCCAUCUCCAGGGCCAUAUCCUGCGCCCCCUCCCCAAGCACCAGGGGCAGCGCCACCCGUUCCGUGGGGCACUGUUCCACCAGGAGCCUGGGGACCACCAGCACCAUAUCCUGCCCCUGCAGGAUCAUAUCCCACACCAGGACUCUAUCCCACUCCCAACAAUCCUUUUCAAGUGCCUUCAGGACCUUCUUGUCUGCAAUUUGUCUGCAAAUUUAUAUGGCAAUUUCAGUGGAAAACGAAGAGAUGA